AUGUCAGUCCUAAACAGCAUCUUUGCUUCUGUGCUGCCGUUGGCAGAUUCUAGUAAGACAGUCAGUAAUAGAUUGAAUUGGAUCUUCAAUGGCUGGGGCAAGAUUGAGCAAGUGGCUGAAAUGAGUAUGAACACUAUUCUAGAAGAGAUUCUGAUUAAAAGAUCGCAACAGAAGAAGAGGACAUCUCCAUUAAAUUACAAAGAGAGACUUUUCGUGCUUACAAAAUCCAUGUUAGCGUAUUAUGAAGGUCGACCAGAGAGAACUACUGUGCCACAGCAGAUAAGAGGCUGUGCUAUAAACCAGGAAGUCUUUAUGUCAUAUUUCACCACAGUCAUGAAGCAGCCUUCAGCAAGACACUACCCUUACAUCAGCUACAUCACGCUUUCUAAUAAUAAAAAAAAGUACAGAAAAGGUUCGGUUGAUAUUUUCAAAAUUAAAUGUGUGGAAAUUGUGAAGAGUGAUGGUGGUAUCCCCUGUCAAAAUAAAUAUCCAUUUCAGGUUGUGUACGAUAGUAGCACACUUUAUAUUUUUGCUCCCACUCCGUACAGCAGGGAUCAGUGGGUACGGCAAUUGAAAGAAGGUAAUGGGAGCAAAAAGAACAACAAUAAUAUAAUGGUUAAAUACCAUCCUAAAUUCUGGACUGAUGGAACCUAUCAGUGUUGCAGGCAAACAGAAAAAUUAGCACCUGGCUGUGAAAAAUAUAACCUGUUUGAAAAUGGUAUAAGAACAUUGCCUACACCAGUACCAGAUAAAAAUAAGUUUCAGAGAAGGCCCCCUCCCCCUAUUCCUGCAGAAGAAGAGGAGGAAGAUGAGGAAAUAGUAAUCGCCAUGUAUGACUUCCAGCCCACAGAAAGUCAUGACUUGAGACUAGAAAAAGGUGAAGAAUAUACAAUCAUUGCAAAAAACGACAUUCAUUGGUGGAAAGCUAGAGAUAAAUAUGGAAGUAUAGGAUAUAUUCCAAGCAACUAUGUAACAGGGAAAAAGUCCAACGAUCUUGACCAGUAUGAGUGGUACUGUAGAAAUCUGAACAGAAGUAAAGCAGAGCAGCUCCUCAGAAAUGAGGAUAAAGAAGGUGGUUUUGUGGUGAGGGACUCCAGUCAACCAGGUUUAUAUACAGUAUCGCUUUAUGCAAAAUUUGGAGGAGAAGGGUCCUCUGGAAUAAGACACUACCAUAUCAAAGACACAAUGACCUCACCAAAGCAGUACUACCUAGCUGAAAAACAUCUUUUUGACUCCAUCCCAGAGUUAAUUGAGUAUCAUAAACACAAUGCUGCAGGACUUGUGACGAGGCUGCGAUAUCCAGUGACUCCGAAGAAGAAAGUCACACCAACUACUGCAGGAUUCAGUUACGAGAAAUGGGAAAUCAAUCCUGCAGAGCUCACUUUUAUGAGAGAACUGGGCAGUGGCCUCUUCGGGGUAGUGCGUCUGGGCAAAUGGAGGGCACAGUAUAAAGUGGCUAUCAAAGCAAUCCGAGAAGGUGCAAUGUACGAGGAGGACUUCAUAGAGGAAGCUAAAGUCAUGAUGAAGCUAACCCAUCCUAAGUUAGUUCAGCUGUAUGGAGUCUGUACUCAGCAAAGACCUAUUUACAUAGUGACAGAAUUCAUGGAGCAUGGUUGCCUUCUGAAUUACCUUCGGCAGAGACGUGGGCAUUUUACUAACGACAACCUGCUGACAAUGUGCCAGGAUAUAUGUGAAGGAAUGGAGUACCUAGAAAGAAACAGCUUUAUCCACAGAGAUUUAGCCGCUCGGAACUGUUUGGUGAAUGAGUCAGGAGUGGUGAAAGUGUCUGACUUUGGAAUGACAAGGUAUGUUCUUGAUGAUCAGUACACAAGCUCUUCAGGUGCUAAGUUUCCAGUGAAAUGGUGCCCACCAGAGAUCAUGAACAUAUGUUUGUUUGUUUUUAAUUUUCCAGGGGUUACCAUGUGGGAGGUGUUUACUGAAGGCAAAAUGCCUUUUGAGACAAACACAAACUACGAAGUGGUGACUAUGAUUAGCCAAGGGCACCGUCUAUUUCGGCCGAAGUUAGCCUCUAAGAACGUGUAUGAUGUGAUGAUGAUGUGUUGGCAAGAGAACCCUGAUAGACGUCCUACAUUUCAAGAUCUCCUUCAAAAGAUUUAUGCUAUAUCAGAGGAUGCUUCUUGAGAAGGAACGACAGAAGCACAGAAGGUCACAGCAGAGCCUGCCAGAGAUGCUGCUGUGUGCCCUUUCUUGUUAAAGGACAGAUCCUAGAUGCUGCUGAAUGGACCACAAAGGGACAAAGCAAUAAGCAUGUAAUAUUUUUGCAAGGAGAAGAGUUUUACCGAGAUAUCCAUCAUUUCCUUAGUUACUUAUGCAGUACUCUGUCUGAACUGGACAUCCAUGAGAGUUGCCAAGGAGAAAAAUGUAGGCCGGAAAAUCCCCACUUGACUACUCAUCUACACAUGAAGGGUGCAGAAGUCUUUUUCUCAUUUCUAAUUUCAGAUAAUAGUUAUUACUAUUCAAGCACGACGAACUGGUGUGGUGUAGCAGUUCGACAGUGUCCGACUAGGAUCUGGAAGUACCAGGUUUGAAUCCCCACUCUGCCAUAGAAGUAUGCUGGAUAAA